GUUAGUGAGCCAACUGACGAGGAUGAAGAAUCUAAUGAACCAGUUAUACGUAGUCCUGUGUCUAUACCUAAUCCCAGAGUUAUUCAAGAAGAUCACCAGGAAAGUAGGGGAGAACAAGUUGUACAUUCUACAUAGAGAUUUUCCUGGAGAUGGCCAUCUGAAAGCAGACACGGAAGAAGAUGUCAAUGGGAUUAGUCAGGCAAUUGGAGAAACUGAAUAUGAACAACCAGUAUUGGCAGUGGCUGUAGGAGAAGAUAGCCUGGAUGUCAACAAAGGUGGUACUAAAACAGUUGAGUCAUCAAAUGUUGGUAUGACUCGUGGGCAAGCUGACAUAGUUGUCGAAAAAUUUCCACUUCAUCCCAUUGCUAGGAAAUUUGAUGACUUGGAAGGAAGAUUAGAAGAACAAAGUCAAGGAACUAGAACUCUGGAGGUAAACAAAAUUGAACAGGACAGCGUACAAGUUACAGAGCACUCUUGUAGUGCUGUGCAGGUGGAAGCUGGUGCAGACCUUGCUGUUUCAAAAAGCAAGAGUGAGCUGGUGGGUAAAACUGCCAGCCUAAAUGAUGGGAAUCCACCAUUGGAAAUGUCAAAUUGCUCUGCAACCAAAAAAGUUCCUGUAUUUGACAUGAGCAAUGCUGCAGAAAUCGGAGCAAAGGUCUCUUCCCCCACUGAAGCAAAGCCUGCGAAUGUUCCAACGGGUACCAAUGAGAAACAUGGUGACAUAAAUGCUGGUGUUUCUCAUGAACAGUCCAUUCCAGAUGAAACCAUUGGAAUAGAAGACAAACUAAAGAUCGAAGGUGAUAGCAGCUCCAAGGAGGGAAGCAAUCCUACAUUAAACAGAAUUAACCUUGAAACAUGGGAAAGGACAUCAGAGCUGCCCGCUGAAUCUGAAGUAAAUCCAGUUUUUGCAUUCUUCAAGGCGCUUGUUACUGCUUUUGUGAGAUUUUUGAAUGGAUGAGAGUUUACGGGGUGUUAUAAUGUAGCUUUUGAGAGUAUCUGCAGGGUGUUAAGCUUAGUGUUUGCAGCUUAUGGGACACUUUAAUUCCAUGAUAUUAUGAUAUCUGGUAACGUACUUAAUGUAUAUGGUGGUUGCUGCGGUCAAUUACAUGAUGCUUGUAUCCCUGAAA